UGGCUAUGACCCUUUCCUCUGCUGCUGUGUGAGGGUGGUUUCCGCUCUGAUCUAGGCCUCUUAUCUACUACAAGCUUAGCUUGGAAACGCCUUUGGGUUAGGGGUUUCAGUUUGAGUGAGUUGGUUAAGUUAGUUAAGCUAGCUUGUACGGGAUUGUGGCGGAGGAGUAGUAACAUAUCUUGCAUAUAGAUUAUCUGGAAAUAGGGUUUUCAGCAGAUAUCCUGAGUUAGGGUUGCUGGAUCGGUGGUCAACAUGUUCUGGCGAGUAGCUGGCCUUGCAGCAACAUCACCGGUGGAUCUAAUUCUUGACAGAGAUCAGUACACCCUCGAAGAGCUACUGGACGAGGAUGAUCUUAUCCAGGAAUGCAAGUCCCUGAACAAUCGGCUUGUGAAUUUCCUCAAGGGGAAGCCGCAAGUCGAAAAGAUGAUCCGAUAUGUGGUGGAGGCUCCUCCCGAUGACGGAGAUGCUAAGCGGACAUUCAAGUUCCCGUUCAUUUCAUGCGAAGUCUUUACGUGCGACAUUGAUCAGAUCCUGACGACUGUGGUUGAGGAGGACGAGAUUAUGGACCUGCUUUUCUCCUUCACAAAUCCGGAUGGUCCGCACUCAAAUCUCCUCGCAGGGUAUUUCAGCAAGGUGGCUGUUUCGCUCCUUAUCCGGAAAACCCCAGAAGUAAUGGCAUACCUUCAGAAGCAUCCAGAGGUCUUGGAUAACCUGAUUCGACUAAUCGGGAUCACGUCAGUAAUGGAGGUCGUGAUGAAGCUUGUGGGAGCAGACGAUCAGAUCAUGAUGUAUCAUUCCGACAAGCUGGAAUGGCUGGCUGAAACGAGCCUGCUGGACACAUUGCUGUCCCAACUAAGUGCUCAGAGCUCGUCAGAUGUUCAUGCGAACGCGGCCGAGUGCCUGUCAGCCAUUGCGAGAACAGCUCCAUCUGCAUUGGCGUCUCAGUUGUCAACCCCCAAGUACAUUGGAAAGUUCUUUGAGCAUGUGCUGGAAGCCCCCAGGUCAAUGACGUCCGUCAUCAACUCCCUGUCCGUCUGCAUCACGUUAUUAGACCCAAAGCGCGCAGCGCCUCCUGGGGCUAUGCGCAAUCAGUUGCAGUAUCAGCUGCAGAACCAGCAGUACCAGCAGCAGCAGCAAGUAGUGACUGUGGAAACCGUUGAGGGGAUGGUUCAGCGAUUGGGCGAGCUUAUAGCCAUUCUAGACCUUUCCAAUGACGACAAGGUUCUUCCAACAACUUAUGGAGAACUACGGCCUCCACUUGGAAUCCACCGCCUCAAGAUUGUGGAGUUCAUAGGGGUCCUCCUCGGCACCAACAGUGAACGAGUGAGAGAGGAGCUCGUGAGGCUGGGCGGCGUGCGCACUUGUCUGGAUCUCUUCUUUAGAUUUCACUUCAACAACUUCUUGCACCAUCACGUGGAGAGAAUGGUGAUGGCCAUCCUCGAGAGCGGCAGCUCGCUGCUGCUGGAGCAUCUCUUUGUGGAGUGCGACAUGCUCAACCGAGUCAUGACUGCUUACGACGACCCCCAUGCGCCAGACUCACGGCCAGAGCCGCGAGCGGCGUCAGCCAGAGUGCCUGCGCGGAGCGGGUACAUGGGGCACCUGACGAGAAUAGCCAACAGGAUCUGCCAGCUCGGAGCCUCAAACCCACAAAUCGAAGGCUACAUUCAGGCAAAUGCGCGGUGGUCCGACUGGCAGAAGAACGUGCUCAGAAAGCGUCUCUUGCUGGAAAAUGUCUAUCAGUGGUCUUGCGGGCGGCCAGCAGCUCUGGACGACCGGCCAGGGGACAGCGAUGACGAUGAGUUCAACAGCCGCGACCGGGACUUUGACAUCUCCACCAUCUCGCUCACAGGGGGCUCGAACGCCAGGAGCUACGGCCAAUACGCCUAUGGCCAGUCGCUUCUUGACUCGGACGACGUUGAAGAGGGCCACGAGCUCAGGGAUCCUUAUGACGUGGAUCUGGUCAAGGCGGAGCAAGAAAUCGAGACAUUGACCCUCACUGAGAACACCGCUGCAAGUGGUUCGUCUGAGCUUCUGCCAACGCCAGCAGCGGAGGAGCCUGACAACCCUCUGUGUAGCGUCAAGGCAGAGGCUGAAGAUGCUGCAGAGGAAGAGGGCAGCACCGAGCAGGCUGGCACUGACGAGUCCUCAUUCAAGCCGUUGUUGCUGGACGGUCCCAGCAGCCUGUUCACAUCCUCUGAGGCAGCACAGACCGCAUGGGUGGCAUUCCAAGAGGAGCAGCAGCAGAUUGCAGCAGGUGAUGGGGGGGAGGGCAGUGCAGUCGAGGCAUCACUCUCCUCUGGCGAUGCCACUCUUUCUGAAGGGGCAGCUGAAGGGGCAGCUGAAGAGGCAGAUGUAUCUGCUGCACCUGAGGAUGCUGCGACUGAAGGUACAAGAAGUGACGAGAGUACUGCUGCUGGUGCUGCGGCCGCUGCAGCAGCAAGCACUGAAGAAUCCGGCGGUGCUGCAGCAGAAAGCUCUCAAGACCUCAGCACUGGGGAAUCGGGUGUUGAGUCAGGAAGCGCCCAGCAGGACGUGGACCUUUUUGCGAAUUCACCCUUCGUUGCCGCAUCCACGCCAGAAGCAGCACCGCAAUCUGAGGAUGCUUCUGAUACCAAACCAGAAGUCACACCUGCUCAGGUGGCGGAGCCUCCUGCAGAUACACCUGCUGACACCACCUCAGGUGAAAUUGCAGAUGUUGCCUCUGCUGCAGACCCUGCAGCACCUGAUACUCCCUUGUUAGGAGGCGAUGCAACACUUCGUGAAUUGGUUGCAAGCUCAGAGGUGAGCUUAGCAGGGGAGCCGGGGGCUGGUACUGGAGGGGAAGGGGCAGAUGCAGCAGCUCAAGAGCAGCUGGCGGGUAGCAGUGAAGGAUCAUCAGGGACAGCAGCUGACAGGGAAGGACAGGCAGGGACUGGAGCUGAUGCUGCUGCUGCUGCUGUUGCUGCUGAGGACCAAUCAGUGGAUGCUUCAGCUGAGGGCCAGUCGCAACCAGCCGCUAGUGAGGCGACGGCGGCAAGUGGUGAAUCAGCGCAAUAAGGGAGCUGUGCCAUUCCAACUUCAUUCCCAUCAUACCUUUCAAUGAGCUGCUUGGUGUCGUCAUCCAUUUCAUAACAUACCGGUAGCUUUUCUCACACCUCAUAACUUCCCAUCAUUCAUUCCACUCCCCCAUUCCUGCAUCUGGGCUUUGCCCAUUGUUGGGUUGUGUAUCCAAACAAACGGUUCUCAUUUUUAGGAAGCGAUGUGAAGUUGAGAGGGAGGCAAGAUUGAGCAUUAGGUAUGUAGGCUGAAUUAGAUUUCACAUGGCUCCUGAAACCGAAGAAUACAGAGGUUGCUGAUCAUGUACACCAUAGUUGGCUGCGAUAAUGAGCUUGAUCCACUAGGUAUUGUGUCCUCCAGGGUUGUACCCCCUGUUGAUUACAGCAGAUCUUUUCCUGUG